AUGGCUCUUCCCCUCGCCCUCUAUUAUCCAAACACAGCCCAAAAAAUCAACGAUCCAGAUUCACUCACACGCCACCUGAAGCGAUCGCUUUCCGUUAUCUUGAGCCGCUACUACCCUUUGGCCGGGAGGGCCAGAGGAGACGGCGAUUUCAGCGACUGCAAUGACGCUGGCGUUCCCUUCACCGUCGCCAGAUUCAGAGGCCACAACCUGUCGGAGCAUCUCACCGAUCCCCGCUCGCGUCUCCUCCUGACCUGCGCUGUCGACUGGGGCACUGAUCCCGGGCCACAUUCCGCGGUCUUGCUCGUACAAGUCAACUUGUUUGACUGCGGCGGCGUGGCCAUCGGAGCGGUGUUCUGGCACAAGGUGGUGGAUGGGUCGACGGUGUCGAAGGAGAAGAUGGCGUUGCAGCUUGGUUCAACUACUGAUAUCCACAACACUGGGAGAUCAAUCGUCACAAUAUACGUGUUUGAGAGAUCGACAGUAUCAUUACUAAAAUCAAAAUUAUCCGAUGUGGAACGCCCCUCGGCAGUAGAAGUUGUGUCAGCCUUACUUUGGAAAUGUUUAAUGUAUGCAUCUCUUGCAAAUGGGAAAUCCACGUCAUUGCUCACACAAACCGUGGACCUCCGCCGCCGAGCCCAACCUCCGUUUCCUCCAGAGUGCUUUGGCAAUUUCCUGGGUCUAGCACCAACGACGACAACGUUACACUGGAAAAUGAGGGACUCUAUAGUCAAGAUCGACGACGACUACAUCAACCGAAUGCGCGGUGACCUAGGGUUGUUGGGCUAUUACCAGAAUCUUCAAAAUACGUGGACUGAAUAUUCUCCAGAAUUUGAUAUUUUGCCCAUCUCCAGCCUAUGUGGUCAUAAUUUUUACGGUGUUGAUUUCGGAUGGGGAAAGCCAAUAUGGUUCAGUAGAUGCGACACCAUCAAUGAAUCCAUGGAAGGAUUGGUUUGGAAUAUGAUUUGGUUGGUAGAGACUAGAAAUGGUGAAGGAAUUGAAGCAUGGGUGAUUCUUCACCAUAAAUAUAUGUCAAUCUUCAAUCAAGUCAAGGAGUUGACAACUCUUGCUUCUAUUAAUCCUACUCCCACUUCACUUCUAAGAUCACGAUUUUAA